AUGUCUAUUUGCCUGCCCCGCACGCUGCUGCGGCAGCGCUGCGUCGCCGCAGCGCUGCCGCAGCCUGCUGCACCCCGCGCGCCUUUUUUCUAUUGCGCCGACUCGUUUGCCCAAGAGCUGCAAGAGCUGGCGGUGCAGCGCCUGGAGGAGGAGCAGCGCGCGGCGGCAGAGGCAGAGGCGCGCGACUGGGAGGCGAUGCGGCACCAGCGCGAGGUGCAGCUGCUGCUGGAGCGCAGCGCCGAGCUGCGGGAGCUCAAGGGGAAGCUGCAGGCGGCGGAGGUCAACCUGGGGCGCGUGCAGCAGAGGGAGCAGCGGGCGGCCAUCGAGGCGAGGGAGCGCGAGUACAGCGCGGCUCUGGAGGCGCUGAUGGCGCAGCAGCGCGAGGCGGCGGCGGCACACGAGGUGGCCCAGGCGGCGGCACGGGCACGCGUCGAGGAGGAGGCGCGGCAGGCGCUGAGCCAGCAGAUGGAGGAGCGCACCCAGCUGCAGCUUGUGGCCAGGGAGGAGUUUGAGAAGGAGCGGGCCAUGGUGGACGCGGUGGUGCGGCGCAUAGAGGAGGAGGACGCGGCGGCGGCCGACGCGCGGCGGCGCCACCAGCAGGAUGCGCAGGCCGACAUCCACCGCUUCCUGGCGCAGCAGCAGGAGCUGCGGCAGAGGCAGCGCGAGGCGGAGGCGGCUGAGGAGCGCGGCAUCCAGGAGUAUCUGCGCCGGCGGCGGGAGCGCGAGGCGCAGGAGGCGGCGCGCCAGGCCAACAAGCGCGAGGCGCAGGACAGGGCAUACGAGAUCCUGAAGCGGCAGCAGCAGGAGGAGGAGGCGCGGCGCGAGGAGGAGGAGGCGCUGCUGGACCUGCUGCGCGCGGAGCUGGCGGCUGAGCGGGCGCGGGUGGCGGCCGAGCAGCGGCGGCGGCGGCAGGAGGAGAUGCGGCGGGAGAUGGUGGAGGCGAACGAGGUCCAGAAGCGCCUCAAGGCGGAGCGCCGGGCGGCGGAGAGGGCGGGUGAGGAGGAGUUCAGGCGGCGCAUGCUCGACCGCUUUGCGGAGGAGGACCGGCUGGAGCAGAUGAACAUGCAGAAGCGGCGCGCGAAGCAGGCAGCACACAUGCGGGAGGUGGAGCGGCUGCUGGCCUACCGCCGCCAGCUGUACCACGCCAUGCAGGAGGCGGAGGAUGCAGAGGAGCGGCGGCAGGUGGAGGAGGAGGCGCGCAAGGCGGCCAUCGUGGCGGCGGAGCGGCAGCGCAUGCUUCUGGGUGCGGCGCACCUCAGGGAGCACCUGCCCAAGGGCGUGGUGCAGAGCAUGCAGGAGCUGAGCCUGAUAGAGUCUGCGGGCCGGCAGGUGGCGGGCCCCCCACCGUUGCCGGAAUCGGCGUGCCAACAAGGCGGAGGGGCGCAGUAUGUCGCUGGUGGCUGGGGAGAUGCUGGGGAGCAGCAGCAGCAUGACUACCAGGGGCUGCCUACGGUGCACACAUCUAGCAUGUUUGUGCCGGCAGCGGGGCAGGCGGAGCGCUGGCAGCAGGGCGCCGGCGCGCCGGCAGCAGACCGCUCGCCCUGCACAAGGCGAGCGCCCUGGUAG